AUGUUGGGGAGCUGUCAGAGGGGUGGCGCCCCCCUCCUCUCCACCACAGGGGAGCUGUCAGAGGGGUGGCUCCCCCCUCCUCUCCACCACAGGGGAGCUGUCAGAGGGGUGGCGCCCCCCUCCUCUCCACCACAGGGGAGCUGUCAGAGGGGUGGCGCCCCCCUCCUCUCCACCACAGGGGAGCUGUCAGAGGGGUGGCGCCCCCCUCCUCUCCACCACAGGGGAGUUGUCAGAGGGGUGGCGCCCCCUCCUCUCCACCACAGGGGAGUUGUCAGAGGGGUGGCGCCCCCUCACCACAGGGUAGGGGGUGGCGCCCCUGCUCUCCACCACAGGGUAGGUCAGAGGGGUGGCGCCCCCUCUCCACCACAGGGUAGUUGUCAGAGGGGUGGCUCCCCCUCCUCUCCACCACAGGGGGGAGUUGUCAGAGGGGUGGCGCCCCCCUCCUCUCCACCACAGGGGAGUUGUCAGAGGGGUGGCGCCCCCCUCCUCUCCACCACAGGGGAGUUGUCAGAGGGGUGGCGCCCCCCUCCUCUCCACCACAGGGGAGUUGUCAGAGGGGUGGCGCCCCCCUCCUCUCCACCACAGGGGAGUUGUCAGAGGGGUGGCACCCCCUCCUCUCCACCACAGGGGAGUUGUCAGAGGGGUGGCACCCCCUCCUCUCCACCACAGGGGAGUUGUCAGAGGGGUGGCUCCCCCCUCCUCUCCACCACAGGGGAGUUGUCAGAGGGGUGGCGCCCCCCUCCUCUCCACCACAGGGGAGUUGUCAGAGGGGUGGCACCCCCUCCUCUCCACCACAGGGGAGUUGUCAGAGGGGUGGCACCCCCUCCUCUCCACCACAGGGGAGUUGUCAGAGGGGUGGCACCCCCCUCCUCUCCACCACAGGGGAGUUGUCAGAGGGGUGGCACCCCCUCCUCUCCACCACAGGGGAGUUGUCAGAGGGGUGGCACCCCCUCCUCUCCACCACAGGGGAGUUGUCAGAGGGGUGGCACCCCCUCCUCUCCACCACAGGGGAGUUGUCAGAGGGGUGGCUCCCCCUCCUCUCCACCACAGGGGAGUUGUCAGAGGGGUGGCUCCCCCCUCCUCUCCACCACAGGGUAG